AUGGAGAAUCAAACAAUCAUCUCUGAAUUCAUCCUCCUGGGCUUCCCCACUGGAUUUGAGAUCCAGCUUUUUCUUUUUGUGCUCUUCUCCCUCACUUACAUACUAACAGUCCUGGAGAAUCUCAUCAUUAUCUCAGCAGUUAAAGGUAACCAAAACCUUCACAAGCCAAUGUAUUUCUUCUUGGGAAACCUGUCUUUCUUGGAAAUCUGGUAUAUCAGUGUCACACUUCCCAAACUGCUGGUAGACUUCUGGUCACAGAGCAAAACAAUCUCCUUCCAGAGUUGCAUGGCACAGCUUUACUUCUUCAUCUCCCUUAUGUGUACUGAAUGUGUCCUCCUGGCUGUCAUGGCGUAUGACCGCUAUGUAGCCAUAUGUAACCCACUUCGUUAUCCAGUCAUCAUGACCCAUCGAUUGUGCUUCCAGCUAGGUUUGCUCUCCUGGGUGUGUGGCUUUUCUAUCUCUUUAGUCAAGGUUACCUUUAUCUCUAGACUCAGCUUCUGUGGUCCUGGAGUCAUCAAUCACUUUUUUUGUGACAUCUCUCCUGUACUUAACCUCUCCUGCACCGAUAUGUCAGUGGCUGAGCUGGUGGAUUUCAUUUUGGCUUUGGUCAUCCUGUUAAUCCCUCUCUCCAUCACAGUCCUGUCCUACCUGUUCAUCAUUAUUUCAAUUUUUCGUAUCCCCACAACUCAUGGAAAGAAGAAAGCCUUCUCAACCUGUGCCUCACAUCUUACUGUGGUCAUCAUCUUCUUCUCAACAACAGUCUUCAUGUAUGCUCGGCCCAGAAAAAUUCACCCCUUUAAUCUCAACAAAAUAGUGUCCAUCUUCUAUGCUGUGAUCACUCCAGCUCUCAAUCCCCUCAUCUAUUGCUUAAGAAAUAAAGAAGUGAAAGAAGCAUUAAGGAGAAAUUUAGGCAGGAAAGACCAAGUUAGAUAA